UUAGUGCGCAUGUAUAAUUAUCUAUUCAUACCCUCCUAGAGAGAUCGUACACCCUCGAAAUCAAAUUAAUCUCCAAAUUCUCUUUCUCCUGUAUAUUUCCAGGCCACCAGAUCGUUCGCCAUCGGAACAUAAUCCAUCACAUGGGAUCAACCCCCGAACAUAGUAGUGUUGUAUCAACCCGAUACCCUCCAGUUCAUCGGUAGCAAUAGCAGUGAGUCUGUGGCCCUCCGCUGGUAGCCUCAAGUGAAGUGAAUCGUCGCCGUCUAAACCAGAUUAAAUCCGAGAGGCGACAACGUCAAGUGAAAUUAUAUUGCACAAGUGCGCGCGCGAGAAGAGCUCACGAACGUGCUGAGCCGGCUUUUUUCUGGUUUGGUGCAAACCGGCGUCCCAGUUCUCCCCCUUUUGAUGAUUGGAUGUGUGUUCGUAGUGAUUUGAGUGCGGUCCGAUGAGAAGAAGAAUAAUAACAGCAGGAAGAGUAGCCGCAAGUGUAUGAUCGUUUUGGCUUCGAGCCGGUCAGUUGAGAAGAGGCAAAGUAAAAGUGAAAUAUAAAACUCGCCCAUCCAAGUGUGGUAGAUUGUCGUCGUCGCACAUUGUUGUUUUUGGACGGACGGGUGAGGCGCAAGAAAACGAAAACGAAGAGGAUUACGCCGGCUGUAGUUGGUGUGUGUUAUGUGAGUUGCUGCAUUUUGCUCUUGUUUGUUUCGGGGGUGUAUCCGUAUGCGUGAAUGGGACUGGCUGGCGCAUCGACGACAGCGUUAAUCCAAAGUCCCAAUGAGGAGAUGGCUCCAGCUCUUACCGAGCCGUUGAGUCAAAGUAAACUCUCGUCGUCGGCAACGGAAUUGGAUACCAUAAGCAGCGGUCAACAGGAAGUUCCCAGCAGUGCCAGUACGGAUUCCGGGGCCGGCACGGCAUCAUCGACAAAUCCUAGUGAAACGGACGUAUCGUUGAGAGACACCACAACGUCUUCUUCCGGAUUAGAUCACGGAACGGUGGACGACAUACAGAACAAUAAUAGUAGCGGUGGACAGCUUUUGAAGAUUGAUCCAGAAGCUGGGAAGGAUCUCAUCGAGCUUGCCCUAGAGCAGCUCCAUAGAGAUGUGAGCGAAGAGGGUACGGCGGUGGCAGCUGCUGACGGAGCUAGUGGAAGCGCUGAACCCGAUGAUGCAUUUAUAACUCAGGCUGUGAUUGAGCAGAUGGCCAGUGAACAGGUGGGGUCCGCAGACCCCCAAUCAGACCUACAGCAGCUAGAUUCCCAGUCGUCACUCGUGUCCAGUUCCAGUACUGCGAUGGGUUUGCAAAAGGAUUAUCUGAAAGACAACCCAGACAUGGAGCAAAUGCUGGGCGAGUUGGCAUCCACGUCGGACAUGGAGCUCCUACAGGUUUUCAAAAGUCUGGAGGGCAAUCCGACUGGAGACGGUUUGUGUGCCGAGUUAGCCGGAGGUUUAUCGCUCUUCAAUGAUGUAGACGUCGGAAACAUCUACGAGGAAGUCGCCCAGGCAGCGACGCCCAACAAAGAUCGCGAACGGCUGGAGAUGCAUGCCGAUAUCGUGAAGCGACAGGCCCAAAUGCAGCGCAAGUACGACUUCCUAAUCCGACGUCUCAACAAACUACAAGCGCGAUACAUGGGCCAGCACGUAAGCGAAGAAAUAGCCGGCCUCUUUGAGUACUCCCAACGGUACUGGAAGAAGAAAGACAAGGAACAUACCAAAGGCAUCAACACGGCGGUGGGAUCUUCAUCCACCUCCCCCACUCCUCUCAUUCCCGACCUGAUCCCCUAUCAACCUCCGCCGCCGUCGUUCGCCGAGAAAGCGAAACCCAUUUCGGCCAAUGCGAUGAAAACGUUCGUCAAGCGGCUGGAAGGCAUAGCCACCACCCAGUGCUCGACCCAAACCAAGCGGAUCUACGGCAAUCGGUACUUCCAAGGAACCGCCAGCUGUCCACCGGAUGCGAUGGCCGCGUCCACCACCUCCUACACGACCCUCUCGACGACCAUUCCCAAGUACGAGGAUCUGACGAUCGAUCAGCUGGAGCAGACGGCCGGCUUGCUGCACUCGGAACUGAAACAGGUGCAAACGACGAUCGAUUCGGAAGCGACGGCCAGCAGUUCCGGAGGGGAAUCCGCCGACGAGAUGCUGAUGUACAACAACAUGAACCAGCAGCCG